AUGCCUAAAAAGAGAGCUUCCAACGGUAGAAACAAGAAGGGUAGAGGACACGUUAAGUUUGUCAGAUGUUUGAACUGUGCCAGAUGUGUUCCUAAGGACAAGGCCAUUAAGCGUGUCACCAUCAGAAACAUGGUUGAGGCUGCUGCCGUCAGAGAUUUGUCUGAGGCCUCUGUUUACGAGGAGUAUGCUCUUCCAAAGCUUUACAACAAGCUGCACUACUGUGUUUCCUGUGCUAUCCACACUAGAAUUGUCAGAGUCAGAUCCAGAAGUGACAGAAGAAUCAGAGCUCCUCCUCAAAGACAAAGAUUCAGCAAUGACAGAAGAGUCAACCCAGCUGAAGCUGCCAAGAAGGCUUUGUAG